UUGUGAUUUAUUAAUACAUUUGCGCAUAGCAACUCAGACUAGCAUGAUGCACACGUGACCCAGGGUAGUCCAUCGUAGCUGACUAAACUCAACCCAUCGUGAAGGAAGUUUCUGAUUAACUCUAACGGAGUCGAGCAGAGAACAGGCUUUGUGGGAUUAAUCUCCGACUAAAUAGAUUCGCUCAAGGUCAAUACUUUUAAAAAAAAGAUUUCGUUCAGAAACGCAUACCUUGAAUCAGACGACAGGCCUAGGUCUCCAAAUACUUAUUGAGCAUGCGCAUUUUCGCUUUGUUGCCAUCUUCGAGAAACAUAAAUGAGCAUGCAGUCAAUGGUAUUGUAUUAACUUUUGAAAACUUAUAGAUUUCAGCAAACAAAGGCACGCAUCUACGGAGGACAAACAUAGGUACACGAAAUGGUUGUGUUCUGCCAUACCACAUGGCAGAAGGCGAGACUGAGAAGCCAAGGAGAAUGCAGACUACCUGGCCCCAAAAUGGACCGGAUCGAUCAGUCACUGGACAAUCCUCAAGUCCUCAAGUCACCAGUGGUCAGCUGAGUGGGAAUCCGAGCACCUCUUCUCAUCAAUAUGGGAUGGUCAGACCAUCGGUGGCGUAUACACUAGGUAGGGAAGUCGGACCAGUGGUCCCAUAUACUCAAGGUGGUGAAUGCUUACCACACAGCAGUCAAGUAACCAGUGUAGGUUACUUGAGUGGACAGACCCAGAAUCAACAGGCACCCACAAAAGAGCAGACCCUAAUGGCCACUAGUCCCCUUUUGACAUCACUCUUGACUAACAAUGCAGCUGCACAAUCAACUAGUGUUACAGCACAAAGUGGAUACCAUCACACCCUGCCUGGAAGGGUUAACGAUGCUUUUCAAACCACUUUCCAGCGGGGACAUAGGUCUUUGGGUGUUAAUGGUAACAAUUCACAGAGGUUGGUACAGGAUGGUCAGGGUGCAACCAUUCACUGCCCCUCUGAUAUUAAUGCAUCACUGAAUACAAAUUGUAUUUAUCUCCAAAGACCAGCAAGUGGCAGUCAGCAGCUGGUACUUGGCAGACAAGAGGGGACCUCCAGUGGUACCUCUGCUGCUCUUGCAAUGGGUAGGAGUCCCAAUCAUGUCAAUCAUCAAUGGACUGUAGUGAGUGGAAAGGAUUCAAGUAGGAUGGCGGUUCAAGCUCUUCAUCAGGGAUAUCCACAAACACCAAACUCUUUGCAAAUUGCACAGGAGACAAGUAGUGUGCCAUCAAGGACAUCUCCACAGUCUCCCACAGCAUAUAAACAACUGUAUUUGAUUCUAAAUCAAAACAAUAACAACAGGACUGAGAUGAACAGGGUUCAACAUGACAGCAACAUCCAGGUCAAUCUACCAAAUGCUACAGUGGGGCAGUCAAUGCCAAUGCAUAACAUUAGCCAGAAUCCUCAAUACAAUGUUAUGCAUAACCCUUCUCUUAAUAAUUUUCAAAGAUAUCGCCCUGCAGGCCUUACCAACCCACCACAACAGAACAGACUUGUGUCAAAUUGUGCAAAUAUGAACAGUCAGGCAGGGGCCAUUAAAAAUAAUGCACACCAUGCCCCAUAUCCUAGGCCCCGUAUCGAAGGCGUAUCCAACCUACAUUACAAGGCAGACGUUCUGGUGUCCAACACUGGACCAUCUUCAACUGUGCCAAACAAUAGUAUACAGUCUUCAGUCGAGCACACCCGUGAGUCCGCUCCUCCACCAUACCCAGGCCAGCACUCACAUGGACCCAUGCUGAACAAGACGGGACAUGUGGUUGGGGCAGGAGCACAUUCUCUGCAAUACAUACCAAACCAAGGCUCAGACCAUACACUACAUUACAAGCCAAAAAACACCUGUGUUCUGAUAUCCAACACUGGACCAUCUUCAUCUGUGCUAAACCAUGGUACGCAGUUUUCAGGCCAGCAAAACUGUGAGUCUGUGCCACCGUCAUACCCCAUAAGACAGGGCUAUUACGUAACGGUAACAGAGGACAAAAGUGGAAAUGGAUUUAGAGCAGAAAAGGUUAUUUUGAUAGGAGAUAAACCUAAUGAAAGUGCUCUGGUACGGCAAGGAUCAUCUGCAAGUAAUGCCCCCUCUGUUCCUACGGUGCAGAAGGCCAUCGCCGUUGUACAACCACUAUCGCAGUGUAUGCAGACAAACACAUCUCUCAACGUGGCUGAUAGAAUGCCCUUGACUACCCAAGGUAUGUCGUUCUCAACUAGUGGUGAAAAUGUGAGCAACCCUGGGAAAGAAUCUUGUGACCAGAGUCCAUCACAAGCCCAAACAACCCUUACUGUAUCUGCUUCUUUGACAAAUGAAUUUGGACAAAAGGUCCCCAAGGUCAGACCAGAAGCUACAUUAGAAUUGGGUGCUGGAAGAACAGUGACUCAGGAUUCAGAAACUUCAGUUGUUGAACUGGCAAAGACAUAUUCAUAUUUUGAGUCUGAACCGUCCCUAUCGAACUGCUUACAUGUAGAGAAAGUGGAUUCUCAACCAUUAUCUAAUUUGAAAUGUCAAGCCACUCAGAGAAAAGAGUUAGCUGGCACAGAAAUGACCACUCGUGUGCAUGUUAACCAAUUGAGUGAGGAAACAAAUGAAAAACUUGUUUCAGAUGAGGACAUUUUUGAAUUGUCCUCAGUUCCUGUAAUCAAAUGGAGACUUGGUAAAUUGAAGGAGUUGGUAAACACUGUGCAACAUCCAAAAUGCUCUGAGACACUGGUUGAAAGCAAGCUACUAAGCCUCUAUUGGGAUGGAGAUGGGCAGAAGCUUAUAGAUGCUGUAAGAUCUGGUAUCUUCCAGAAUAUAAUGCGAGAUGUUAGAUCUGUUUGUGGCAAAGAUAUGUCAUCACAGUCUGUCAUAUUUUCACAAGUCAGGUGCAAAAACUGGGCUCAAGUUGAAGAGAAGUGUGUCAUUCUUAAACAUGAUUCUGUUUACCCCGUGGUCCCGGGUCAAGAGUCCUCAUGGCUGAACACCAAUAAGCAGCUUGAUGACAUAGACAGGGAGUUUGGAUUCCCUUCGUCACUAAUAUAUCACCAACAGACUUUUCGAAGAGGAGAUGAACAACCAAAACGGAAUUGUACCGAAAAUGAAAAUUCUGUAGAAAAUGAAGACUCUGCCAGUGACAUGCAGACUGAUGUGAUUCAGACAGAGAGACCAGCACCCUCUGAAUCUGAUCCUAAAGAAAUUCAAGGGUCAAGUUUGGCACACAGCUCUACACACACCCUCUCACCAGUUAAGAAAGAAAGUGAAAACACCAUUUUAUGUGACCCAUUUUCCUCCCUGGAGAUCAACGUGCUGACACCAGAAGAGGCUAUGCGGUUUUUCAAUGGCCAGCUACUGCAAGACAAAGUGGGAGAAGACCAGUUGAAAUUGCCAGAGGAUGUGGAGCUGAAUGAGUUGAAAGAUUACUCAGUGGAGGAUAAGUCAUCUGAGAGAGUAGAUGUAAAGUUGACGACUGUAAAAUAUGAAGUGGAUGUCCAAUCGGAAGAUUACUGUUGUCUCUCACGUUGGAAGGCAGUGUUCAGUGGGUCCACCAGUUCUGUGUCCUGCAAAUGCCAGUACAAGACUGAAUUGGGUUUGAAAAAGGCCACUGUGAAUGCAAAGAUGUUUGUCGAGGGAACUUUGGCUGUUGAACCAAGCACAACAAAUGCAGAACAAAGGGAAAGCCUGGAUUUAUGGAAAUCAAAUGGCACAGCAGAAAGAAAGAGGGAAGGGAAUCCUGGUAAAAAUGGGAAUCCCCAAUUAGGGAAAUCUACAGGCAUUGAAUGCCAAACUAUUUUCUUGUCUGAUAGUGAAUCUGAGACUGAUUGCCCAUACACUAAUGGGGCAAAGAGCUUGCCAUUGUCAAAACCCCCAUCACUGUGCCUGCCCAGCAAGUGCCCAAACAUUGUUGAAGUUGAAAUUGAAGAUGUCUUCUCGAGCUAUGAAGACUUUCUUAAAGUAUCCACCCCAAUGUCUGAGCUAGUGUGGGACAAUGUACAGCCAAAGCAGCAACUACAAGGUCCACUCCAGAAACAAAUGGAAUGUGUACAAGCACCUAGUGUCUCUUUGGAAGAAAGGAACCUUGGGGGUAGUGAAGUCAUUCCUACAGUUACCAUUCCUACUUCUAAUCUGCUACGCCAACCAGCAGAGAAAAUCAGUUUUCUAACAUCACUCUCCUUGGCACAAAGAUGUCACAAGCAUCUAUCGCCUAAAUUAAAUUGUAGCUGGAAGGUUAAACAAAAAGGGGUUGGACACAAGAGAUGUGUUGACGGUCCUCAUUCUGUCCCAAGAAAGCGAAGGAAAAUAAGGCACGGUUUGAGUCCCUUCAUUCAACUUGUUCCUGAGGUCAACUUGACUGACACAGAUGACGAUUUCGAGUCCCCCAGUACAAGUGCUUCUAAGUCUUUGGAAGAAGACCGAUCUUCAAACGGUCGCAAUCUCCAGAAGCCAGCAGAACCUGGAAUUGGGACCAAGAUUUCAAGGGUCACAACAGUAAGUCUGGCCUUGUUUGGUUCCUCGCCCCAGAGGACAAAUGGGACUGUAGUAACUGGCCAACGCAAGGACCAUAAUUCUUCUCGACCUAGAACUUUUGCAGACAAAGCUCCAGCACCUCCUUUAACCCUCAGUGUGAAUGUCAAGUCCUGGAGGAUAGAGCCCUCCGAGACCAGCCCGCCAGUGGAAAGCCCAGUCAGACAACGGCUCUUCAAUGAGUGGGAGAACAGUUUUGUGCCAACAAAGAAGACAAAGUCCAGGGGCAGACCAAGACUAAGAAACAGAAGAGGCUUUGCUCCGAAGAUUGUUUGUGCUGAAGUUGCCAAAAAUACUGUUACCUCGACCAACACAGAUGGUAGUGCAUUAUCCUCUGAAAGACGAGCCACACCAGAAAGAACCGUAAGGGUCAAGCAAACUUUGCGGCACUUUGAAAGAGAGAGAAUCUUAAAUGGCCUGAAACUCAGACUGAAGAAAUCUAGGAUCAAGGCAGUGCCAUCCAGCAAACCUGUUACCGUGGAAAAAAGUACAAUUAAGAUCAGGAGCCCUGCUCUUUUGCCUCUUGAGGAGAACAGUGUUCUGAGGUUCAGUGUGCUGCCAGAGUCGUUCAACUUCAAAGAUGGACAAGACCCCAUGGACACUCUGACACAGACUGGUUCAAUGAAGGAAAUGGCUGGUGCUGGUGCUGCGACGACUGAGAGUACUAAAACAAUAGUCCGGAAAUCCCAAGGUUUAUGGUCUGCUGGCCCUCAGAAGAGAUAUUGUCCUCUCACCUCUUCGCCCACUAAAAUCCCCAAGUCUUCCUCCACUGCCUUCCAGGACUUUCAGAGGAAAUUCAAGCGGCUAUCCCAAGACUAGUUUGUAUUGCCUCCAGUUAAGGAAUGGAGGAGUGAAGUGAGGACUGUUGACAAUCUGAUUCUUGUAACUUGUUUCCCAUGGAAAUAUAGUCUGUGUACAAUUUCAUUUUGUUUUGUUUAUGAUAACCUUUUUCAUAAAAUUGUUAUUUUCUAAUGCAGAAUUGGACCUUAUUGUGGUAAGGUUGGGCAGUUCAUAAUAUGGGUAUUUUUUUUAUCGUAGUUAUUGUUUAUAUUCUUAAAUGACUGAGCCAAUAUAUCUGACAGUAUCCUCCUCUACCUCAGGCCUGACAGUCAACAUUGCAAGACUUUGUCAUUAAAAAACAUUAAAUGAAGUUGUGGCCAAUUGGAUGGCUAUUUUCUUGUCACUGUCAUUUCAGACUUUUGAAAAAAGUUUGGGGUUAACAAUAUUUUAUGCAAACCUCAUGUUUAUUGUUUGCAUGGAUCACAGAAUUUGGACUAUGCAAAAUGUACUGCAGUUUAUUUGAAUUUGUAGGCUACAUAAUUUCACUUCUUGACUCUUACCUUCUACAUUCUCAUAUCUUAUCAAUAGUUUCAUUCUCAAUAGUUAUUUUGCUGGAAUUCAAACCGAUUCCUUUUGUUGACAAAGGAUGAACAGGACUAUAUGGUUCAAGACACUGACAGCUUAAACAAUGUUGCAUUGCAGUAGUUAGACCUUUUUGUAUUCUGGUUCUGUAUUUUAGUAUUAAACUUUUAUACUUCUUCGUAGUUAUAGAUUCACAUUUGUGACAGACAACUGAGCGUGUGGCAGACAAAAACAAUCAACCCUGUCAGGGAACGUGAGUCAUUAGUAACCUGGUGCAUUGAUGUAUAUAUUUUUUUUGUAAACUUUUUUUUUUUGUACCUAGUGUUAUUUCUUUGUUGAUUUAUUUUGUUAUUUGUUUCUAAAUAAAUAUUUUACAUACUUACAUUGA